CUUGACUGACCCCACGUUCAGAGGAAUUUAUAGGGGGGUUCAAAAGCAUCAAGAUAAUUUACAGCAUGUAAUAGGGAGAGCUGUCAAGAUUGGUGUUAAAAAGUUUAUGAUUACAGGUGGAAAUCUACAAGACAGUAAAGAUGCACUGCAUUUGGCACAAACAAAUCAUAUGUUUUUCAGCACAGUUGGAUGUCAUCCUACAAGAUGUGGUGAAUUUGAAAAGAAUAACCCUGAUCUUUACUUAAAGAGUGCUAAAUCUUGCUGAAAACAAUAAAGGGAAAGUUGUGGCAAUAGGAGAAUGUGGACUUGAUUUUGACUGACUGCAGUUUUGUCCCAAAGAUACUCAACUCAAAUAUUGUUAAAAACAGUUUGAACUGUCAGAACAAACAAAAUUACCAAUGUUUCUUCAUUGUCGAAACUCACAUGCUGAAUUUUUGGACAUAAUUAAAAGAAAUAGAGAUCGGUGUGUAGGGGGAGUGGUGCACUCAUUUGAUGGUACCAAGGAAGCAGCAGCUGCUUUGAUUGACUUGGAUCUUUAUAUAGGAUUUAAUGGUUGCUCACUGAAAACUGAAACUAAUUUGGAAGUUCUGAAGUCAAUUCCUAGUGAAAAAUUAAUGAUUGAGACAAAUGCACCUUGGUGUGGAGUCAAAAGUACACAUGCUGGAUCAAAAUAUAUAAAAACUGCAUUUCCUACCAAAAAGAAGUGGGAAAGUGGGCACUGCUUAAAAGACAGAAAUGAACUCUGCCAUGUAAUUCAAAUAUUGGAGAUAACGUCAGCAGUGAGAGACGAGGAUCCACUGGAAUCAGCCAAUACACUAUAUAACAAUACUAUGAAAGUAUUUUUUCCUGGAAUAUAAUUGGUAUAUGUCUUCCACUUUCCAUCAUGUAUGUAAAAUUUCAUAGUAAAACUUACCGAUAGUUUCAAUAAAGAAAUUAUCUGCAAAAAAAAAAAAAAAAAACCAACCAAACAAAAAAAACUUCCAUACCUAACCAUCCAUAUACCUUUUCCAUAAUAUAGGGAAUUAUAAACUGUUUUUUCUGUGCUUUUUUUUUUUUUUUUUUUUCUGAGAUAGUCUCACUCUCCCAAGCCUGUAGUGUACUGGGCACGAUCUUGACUCACUGGAAUCUUCGCCUCCCAAGUUCAAGCAAUUCUCCUGCCUCAGCUUCCUGAGUAGCUGGGAUUACAGGCGCAUACCACUAUGCACAACUAGUUUUUUUAUUUUUAGUAGAGACGGGGUUUCACCAUGUUGACCAGGCUGGUCUCAAACUCCUGGACUCAAGCGAUCUGCCCACCUUGGCUUCCCAAAGUGCAGGGAUUACAGGCGUUGAGCCAUCGCGCCUGGCUAUAAACUGUUUUUAAAGAAGCAUUGCCAACACCUUGCAGACAAGUACACUUUAUAAAACCAGUUGACUGUGUUGAAAUUUUACAACUUAGAACUCAUUUAUUUAUAUCUUAUUUAUUCAACAGGUUAAAAUAAUGGGCUAUAAAACCAGUUGCCUAUGUUGAAAUUUUAUAAGUUAUAACUACUAGGAUAUAUAAUCUAUUUCUUCAACAUUUAUUUAUAAAUAUUUUUUGUUUUGUUUUCUUUUGAGAUGGAGUCUCACUCUGUCACCCAGGCUGCAGUGCAGUGGUGCAAUCUCGGUUCACUGCAACCUCCGCCUCCCGGGUUCAAGAGAUUCUCCUGCCUCAGCCUCCUGAGUACCUGGGAUUACAGGUGCCCACCACCACGCCCAGCUAAUUUUUGUAUUUUUAGUAGAGAUGGGGUUUCGCCACGUUGGUCAGGCUGGUCUCGAACUCCUGACCUCUUGAUCCGCCCGCGUCAGCCUCCCAAUGGGAUUACAGGCAUGAGCCUCCGCGCCCAGCCUUAUAAAUAUUUUUUCAACAGGUUAAAAUCAUGGGCUCUAUUUCCAAGAUCAUUAAACAAUAUAUAAAUAUUUUUCCAACAAUAAACCAUUAAUUAUCUAGUGGAAAUAGCAUACCAUUAAAAACUGUUAAAUUGAGUCCCUUUACUGAUAAUGACUUUAUGUAGGUUCAAACUCUGGUCUCUCAAUCUCCUCAUCUAUAAAGCAGUUACUAAUAUUUCCCUCUUUUUCUAUCUUAAUAAAUGUUUUAAUAAGAUUUUUUCUUAUGUACAAAAAUUAGCUUUCUUAAAACAUCUAAUUCUGUAUUAUGACAUUUGAGCACUGAAUGAUGUGAACCUGGUUAAUUAAAACCCACAAAAAGUAUCCCAACGCACUGCCUGAUUUAUGACAGGCAUUGUUGUUGCUGAAUUCCUCCCCCUUGUCUACAUAUAGUACUUUGUAAGUUACAGGGAUUUCUGUUACAUCAUCAUUCCCAUUUUAAAGAGGAUUGUUAAAUGUUAAAUGAGCAAAUCUUGAAACAAAGCCAAAUAGUUUUUUUAUAUAUAUAUUUACUGACUUGAAUAAUUUUGUAAAGGUGCUAAAUGUUAGAUACAAGUCAACAAGGCUGACUUACAGAUAAGAGAAAUUAAGGGUCUGGAAUUAAAAACUAGCUAUGAAUAUCCACUAUCUUUCACAGAAUUUAAAAGGUCUUCAGCCGUGCCUUGAGCUCGUGUGAGAUUAAAAAUCCACUUAAUGGGCCGGGCGCGGUGGCUCACACCUAUAAUCCCAGCACUUUGGGAGGCUGAGGCAGGUGGAUCACGAGGUCAGGAGAUCGAGACCAUCCUGGCCAACAUGGUGAAACCCCAUCUCUACUAAAAAUACAAAAACUAGCUGGGUGUGGUGGCGGGCGCCUGUAAUCCCAGCUACCAGGGAGGCUGAGGCAGGAGAAUCGCUUGACCCCAGGAGGCAGAGGUUGCAGUGAGCCAAGAUUGCACCACUGCACUCCAGCCUAGGGACAGAGCGAGACUCUGUCUCAAAAAAAAAAAAAAAAAAGAAAAGAAAAGAAAAAAAUCCACUUAACGGCACAGUCUUCACAUUUCACACUUUAAAGACAGUAACUAUAAGUAGUUACCUAUAUAUAGUUUUUAUCUUGAAUAACUAAUACCUAUUAAUUUUUCAAAAACAAGUCACCUAGCUAAUUGAAGAGACAGGACCCUCUGUGAACCUCUCCUCCUAUGUAAACUGUAUCCUAUUUGAGCUACUAGUUAUAACCUCCAGCAAAUGACAAAUGGAAAAAAAUCAGUUCACUAAGAUCUGCUUUAUUAGAAACCUAUACAGAACACAGAAAAAGUUCAAAAAACAUCUUAAAUGAGGUUUGGGAGUACAUCGUUCACUUGUGUGUUGUUCCUCCUUUUGCAAAGAUAGACAUGAACUCUAAUUGAACAUUAGUGAGACACCUUAAUGUACUGAUACACAAAAAUAGCUAACAUAAGGCCAGGCACAGUAGCUCACACCUAUAAUCCCAGCACUUUGGGAGGCCGAGGCAGGUGGAUCACCUGAGAUUAGGGGUUCGACCUGGCCAACAUGGUGAAACCCCGUCUCUACUAAAAAUACAAAAAUUAGCCAGGUGUAGUGACACGCGCCUGUGAAUCCCAGCUACUGGGGAGGCCAAGGCUGGAGAAUCACUUGAACCCGGGAGGCAGAGGAUGCAGUGAGCUGAGAUGGCGCCAUUGCACUCCAGCCUGGGCAGCAAGAGCGAGACUCCAUCUCCAAAAAAAAAAAAAAAGCUAACCUAAAGGUGCAUUUACUAUGGCAGACACUGUGCUGGGUGCCUUCCAUAUGGUAUCAAUUGUAACAACUUUGUGAGCUGAAAUACAUAGUAUGUUCAGAGAGGCACAUGGUUACAAGCAGGAAGUGACAGAGCUGAUAUCUGAACCUAGUUCUGUGACUUCCAGGGCUCAGGUUCUUCUCCCCCACCACCCCUUCCCUCCACAUACACUCUCUUUCUCAUUAGCACAAUCAAAAGAAAUGAAAGUUUACUAUUAUUGCCUUUUAAAAUUUGACACAUUUCUUUAUAUGUAAGGUGUAAAAGGCAACAUUAUCUUAUAAAGUGAGGCUGACUCAAAAGCAAAGAACUGAAGGACAAUGGGUGGAAGAUACCUUUCUAUAAACUUCUAACACUGGUUAUGUGACAUUCCAUAUAUAGAAAUAGUCAAAUACUCAUCAAAGAGAGGAGACUUAGGGUGGCAAACUCAUGCAAUCUUAUAAUCAGAAAGUGUAAAAGAGAAGAAACCUCACUUUGGUGAUGUACCUUAGUCACGAUCUACAAAUACCCAAAUGCUGUUUUUUUCUAGGUUAACACUGUGCUGAAUGACUGUUUGGAUGAUCAAAAUAAAGGUAUUUUUUCACGUGUACAGGAGGGGGUAAUGGGGCCCGGUGCGGUGGCUCACACCUAUAAUCCCAGCACUUCAGGAGGCCAAGGUGGGAGGAUCCCUUGAGUCCAGGAAUUGGAGACCAGCCUGAGCAACAUGGCGAGAUGCCAUUGCUACAAAAAAUUUAAAUAUUAGCCAGGCAUGGUGGGGUGCGCACCUGUAGUCCCAACCACUCGGGAGGCUGAGAUGGGAGGAUCACUUGAGCCCAGAAAUUCAAGGCAGCAGUAAGCUAUAAUCGUGCCACUGCACUUCAGCCUGGGCGACAAAGCACGACCCUGUUUCAAAAAAAAAAAAAAAAGAGAAGGACAUGAUGGAGUAAAAGGUUGAAAUCAGGCAGGGUGUGGUGGCUCAUGCCUGUAAUCCCAGCACUUUGGGAAGCCGAGGCAGGUGGAUCACCUGAGGUCAUGAGUUCGAGACCAGCCUAACCAACAUGGUGAAACCAAACCUCAUCUCUACUAAAAAAUACAAAAAAAAUGUAUUUGGGUGUAGUGGUGCGCAUCUAUAAUCCCAGCUACUCGGGAAGCUGAGGCAGGAGAAUCCCUUGAACCUGGGAGGCAGAAGUUGCAGUGAGCCUAAAUUGUGCCACUGCACUCCAGUCUGGGUGGCAGAGUGAGACUCUCAAAGAAAAGGUUAAAAUCAGGCUGGAAUGUGUAUUUUGACAGUAAGACUACUGUACUAACAUAAUUUUAAGUGAUUAUGUACUUUCUACUUAAUUCAAAAGAAAAAAAUAACCAUCUAGGUAAUGUAAGACAUAAGCUCAGAACACUAAAAUAUUCAGAUAUGCCUGGUUAGGUUUAAUGACACUAGUAUUAUGAAAAUGUUAAAAAUAUACAUAACUCAUUUCCUAAGAUAAUAAGGUAGAGUGCUCCUUGCCAGUUCAAGAAAUAUAUUCUUCAUGUCAUACAUAGUCUCAUUUGACUGCUGACAAAAAGCCAACAAAGGGUGGUUAGUUUCUAAGUGACAGAGAAGAUUGGCUUAAUAAUGUAACAGAUUUGCUCUAAAGUCUCAACUGAUGUCUAGAGUAGCACUUUCAUUUCAGGAUAAAAGAAAUAUCACAAAACUGGAGCAGUUUCUCCUCCUUUGGACAAUUUCUGAUACAUAAUGACUGAAUGCUCACUUUCAAAUUGAUACUGAUAUGUGUGGCUUAUUAAUGGAAUGAUUUUCCCCUCUGUUAUAAAACCCUUGACCUUUGUGGUAACAUCCAGUGUGCUUUCUUAAAUUCCAUUCCAUUACAUAAAUUUCUCCAUAAAAACCAUCUUUGAUAGUAUAAGAGUUACCAUAAAAGCAAUUAUUUUGUAUCCUGAACAUCAGAUUAGGUGAUUGAACAUGUUUUGCCAUACCAGUUUCGCCAGUCAUAAAUUCAUGGUUUAGUAAAACUACAAAUAGUUGCUUGUUCUUAGAUCCCUGAGAUUGCUGGCAACAGUUUUAAAAUGUGAAUGUUAAGUCCACAAGAGUGACAUUAAUUUUUACCACACCGCAUCUUUUUAACUUUUUAACUAAGAAUCCAUUUUGCUAGUAAGGAUUUGCUGGGACAAGAAAUAUAUAAAGUUUGAAAGUUGCUACAGGGGUGCUCAAAAAGCACAGCUGUCUAUACGACAUGCAGUUUAACUAAAUGAAGGUACCACUGAAGGCUUCCAUGUAUUUUCAUGAAUUAUAAUAAGGGCUAGCAAACAUUUUUUGUAAAUGGCCAGAAAGUAAAUAUAUUAGGCUUUAUGGGCCAUACCAGUUGUCACAACUACUCAACCCUGCUGUUACAGUAAAAAAGUAGCUAAAAAAUACCAUAAAAGUACAUACAUGAAUGAGCAUGGCUAUGUUCCAAUAAAUGUUUCUGUAUAGAAUGUUUAGGUGUUAUGACAUAUUCUUGAGUUUUUUUCAACUGUUUAAAAAUCUAAAAGUAACUGGACACAGUGGCUUGUACCUCUAAUCCUAGCUACUCAGGAGGCUGAGGUGGGAGGAUCCCUUGAGCCCAGAAGUUCAAAGCUACAGUGAGGUAUGAUCACUGUAGUCACUGUACUCCACCCUGGGUGACAGAGGGAGAUCCUGUCUCUAAAAAAAUUAAAAAGGAAAAGACAAAAACAAGAGGUAGGCUGGAUUUAGCUUGUAGGUACAGUUUGCCUUUUCCUGAUUAAAAACAACAAAACAGAACAACCAGUAUGAAGCAAGAUUAAAAACUUCUACAUCAAUGUAUCAAAUACAAUUUUAAAUAUACUAAUGCAAUUUGAUCUAAUUGACUGCAAACUCUUAUUUCCACAAAUGCUUGAAAUAUAUACAAUCAUGAGCACAGGAAAUUAAAUCAAUACCAAAUACUUUUCACCAGUAAAGACAAAAAUAUCUUAAGGUAAAUAUAUCAUUUAAACUUUCACAAGUAAAUGAGUUUCCCUAAUGUAUUCUGGACAAUGCUUAGCCUUCCAAAUAUAACAGUAUACUUGAUUUUAAUGCACAUAAUUUAGGAAAAAUUAUCUACUUUGCAAGAUAAGAUUUCCUCCAUUAGGUCAAUGACUAUUACAUUCAGAGAUUGGAAUCAUCAUCUUCUCUGGGCUCCCAAGAAAAGUAAAAAUGAGAAUAUGCAUUGAAAAGUAAGAGAUAUUAUAAAGAUAGUCUUUACCUGAUUUAUUAAGGACACGAGAGAUUAAUCUCUUAAGCUCUCUAUGUAGGUGUGUGUGUGUGUGUGUGUGUGUGUGUGUGUGUGUCUGAGUAUAUAUAAAUAUAAAUAAAUACUUUUUUUUAAAAAAGGAAACAUAUUAAAAGAUUUCACAUAAUUAAAAGCAAGGGGUAAUUAAGUCUCUGUAUACAAAAUUUCAUCAUUUGAUUAGCUGUGGUUAAUUCAGAUGUCUAGAAUCCAGAUUAUCAUUUAAACUAAAGCAAUAAAAUGUCUAUCUUUCCAAAACAUAAUUAUACAUAAAGAUUUGGAUGGGGCUACUCUGGGCACACUGCCUACAGGGUAGCCCUGCUCCAUGAGGAGCAGUUUAAAAAAAAAAAAAAAAAAACAGCUUGAGAUGGUAGGAAGAAAUAGGACAACAAUUUAUAUUAUCCAUAUAAUUAUUUUCUCAUUCAUACAAUCAAGAAGAUAAUAUAAAAUAUGCUUAGUCUUUCUAAAUUAUUUACAUUCUGAAACUAGAUGAGAUAAAUUUAGUUUCUGAAUAGAAUUGAUGAAAGGAGUAAAUACAAUAAAACUCUAUUUUCAUUUAUUAUAACUGGAAAUAGUCUAGAAAUGGAAGUGACAUUCAGAAAAUCAGAAUGAUGUUUAGAUUUAUUUUUUUAUUGGCUAAAAAAGGAUUGUUGUACCAGGGGAAAACAGCAAACACCAACAUUUUAAUCUGUUAUAAUUAUUACAUUUUUGCAUUCCAAUAAUAUUCUUUGCAUUAGAGUUUUAUUUUUAUUUAGAAACAAAACAAAGUGAUGAAUGACUUUGAUCCCACACCGAACUAAAGAAAGCAAUUUCAGUAAAAGGGUAUUUUAAAAAAUCCGAAAUAGGUUUAGGUUUUUUUCCUAAAAAUUAACAUACUGGUAAGCAUAUUCAUCAGAUAUGGAGGCCUAAGUGGAAUUGGUAACUUGAACCUUAAAGACAAUGUCCAGCAUGUCCACGGGCAAAUCAUUAAGUUUGGUAUUAAGUCUGUCUACACAUAAAAUGAAAAUAAGCCGGGUGCAGUGGCUCAUGCCUAUAAUCCCAGCACUUUGGGAGGCUGAGGCAGGCACAUCACCUGAGGUCAGGAGUUCGAGACCAGCCUGGCCAACAUGGUGAACUCUGUCUCUAUUACAAAUAGAAGAAUUAGUCAAGCAUGGUGGCGCUUGCCUGUAAUCCCAGCUACUCGGGAGGCUGAGGCAGGAGAAUCAGUUGAACCUGGGAGGCGGAGGCUGCAGUGAGCUGAAGUCAAGCCACUGCACUCCAGCCUGGGCAACAGAGCAAAGACUCUGUUUCAAAAAAAUUCCACCACUUCUUUACCCUGCACUUUUUACAAGUCUUGAAUACCAUUCAUUUUCAAAGCAUCAAUAUUUAAUCAUAAGAAUUUAAGAAACAUAUUAACUUGUAUAAUAUGCAGAAGGCUCCACAAACAUUACAGGAUCUAAGAGCUAAAUGUUUUGUCCAUUUCAUAAAAUGGUAACUGUAAAUACAAUUGGAGCUUUAAGUUGCAUUCACAAUGGUAGUUACUUAAACCCCGGCUCUAUUAAAAUUACAAAAACUUAGCUGGGUGUGGUGGCACACCCUUGUAAUCUCAGCUACUUGAGAGGCUGAGGCAUGAGAAUCACUUGAACCCAGCAAGCAGAAAUUGCAGUGAGACAAGAUCAUGAUACUGUACUCCAGCCUAGGUGACAGAGUGAGAC